GGCUAAGAUCUGCUUUCCCCUAUGGAGGAGAGAGAGAAGGAGGGGAAAAAAAAAAAAAGCCCAUGUUUUCAUUCAUAACUUUUUUUCCUUCCCCUUUUCCCCUCCUCUUCCUUCCUCUCCGUCAGCGCCGUGAUCCGCUCCGCUCGGGGCGCAGAGGGCGCCGCGCCGCCGCCGCCCGCCCGGGGCUGCGGGGAGCAGGGCGGAGCGGGGCGGGACGGGGGGGCUGGCGGCGUGUCCGAGCUGGUGUGGAGAAGGGGAGGGAAGCGGGAUCCCACUCCCGAGGUGCGGGGAGGGAGCGCAGCCCCGGGUGCAGAACCGUGAGGGCUCUCGCCGCCUGCGCCGAUUUCAGAUGCAUGCCAGGUUCCUGCUGAAUGCCAGCAGCAGAGAUCACUACAGAUGGAGCCCCAAAGUCAGCACGGCAGCGGCGGCUCCCUGGUGGUGAUUCAGCAGCCCUCCCUGGACAGCCGGCAGCGCUUGGACUAUGACAGGGACGGCCAGCCCACCACCAUCUUGUCACUGGACCAGAUCAAGGCCAUCAGGGGCAGCAACGAAUACACCGAGGGGCCGUCGGUGGUGAAGAAGUCGGGUCCGCGGCCGGCGCCGCGGCAGGAGAAGCACGAGAGGACUCACGAGAUUAUACCAAUUAAUGUGAAUAAUAACUACGAGCACAGGCCCGGCCACGCGGGGCACGCGGCGCAGCAGCAGAACGCCAGGGCUCCCGUGCUGAGCCGCUCCACCAGCACGGGCAGCGCGGCCAGCUCCGGCAGCAACAGCAGCGCCUCCUCGGAGCAGGGGCUGCUGGGGCGCUCGCCGCCCUCCCGGCCCGGCUCCGGCCACAGGCCCGAGCGGACGGUCCGGGCGCAGCCCAAGCAGUCGGCCCUGGUCGCGGACGAUCUGAAGGGGCCUCUGAAAGAGGACUUGACGCAGCACAAGUUCAUCUGCGAGCAGUGCGGGAAGUGCAAGUGCGGGGAGUGCACGGCGCCGCGGGCCCUGCCCUCCUGCCUGGCCUGCAACCGGCAGUGCCUGUGCUCCGCCGAGAGCAUGGUGGAGUACGGCACCUGCAUGUGCCUGGUCAAAGGCAUCUUCUACCACUGUUCCAACGACGAUGAAGGGGACUCGUACGCGGAUAAUCCCUGCUCCUGCUCCCAGUCACACUGCUGUUCUAGGUACCUGUGCAUGGGAGCCAUCUCCUUGUUCCUGCCUUGCUUGCUCUGCUACCCUCCGGCCAAAGGAUGCCUAAAACUCUGCCGGGGCUGCUACGACCGCGUCAAUCGCCCGGGGUGCCGGUGCAAGAACUCCAACACGGUCUAUUGUAAACUGGAGAGCUGCCCCUCCCGGGGUCAGGGCAAGCCCUCAUGAUUUUGGGAGGGAGGUUUACUUCCUCCAACUUCAGUUUUUCAGGUUGUAGCUGAUUUUUUUUUUUUUCCCUCCCCCAUCUUUUCUUCUUCCCCCCCUCCUCUCCCAUUUUGGGAGGACUGUUCCUUUCCUUUCUGUCUGCCCAACUUCAGACACAUGAGUUCUUCCCCUUGCAUCUUUGCUCUCCUCCUCCUACUGACUUGGCUGAGUGUGGAGCAUUUCACGCAGUCACUGCUGCUCUUUGGUAAGUGUGGACCUGGGAUCUGCACCUGCCGCUCGCUCGGGCAGGGUCUCUGAGUUUGUAACUGAACCACUCCUGAAAGAGACAGUGAGGGCUCACUGGGCUCUUGAAGCUUCUUGCUCUGUGAAUAUCUUCCCAAAGAUUUUUUUUUUUUGUUGUUCUCAGCAAGUUAUGGAUUUUUUUCUUCUUAACCUCCCGAGUGCCAAGGAAGAAUAACUUUCCUGAGUGAGGUGGAUUGUGAAAUAACUUUUUGUGUGUUCUUUCUGGAGAGGGAUGUAAAAUAAAGGCUUCACCAAAUGAAAGGCCUGACUCUUCUAUAAGCAGCCUGCUUCCUUUUGCAUAUUUUUUUUUUCCUCCCCUCUCUUUUUGUCUUUUGGAACAUUCUCAGACCUGAGAAUCGCCCUGACUCUUUUUUUUUUUUUCUUUUACAUUUUCAAUGUAACUUCAGUUUUUGCUACACUAUGUAGAUCUUCACAUUGGAGACAUUGUGGCUGCAACAUACUCAUUUGUUUCUUUUGCUGUCCAGUCUUUGAAGGAUAUUGCUCACUCCACCCUCCUAAUCCCGUUUUUAUAGUCUAUCAGUAUCAGUUGAUAUUAAAGUUGGUGGUGUUCAUGUAUCCAAACAGCCUUCAGGUGUCAUUGAGUCACCUAAAUGUUCUUGAAUCCUUCAAGUCUCUUGUGAUCCUUUGGCUUAGUGAGUUUAGCUCUGCUCUGUACUUUAUAAUUUUAUUCUGUCCCUGUUUUAUUGCCUUAGCCACAAAUUGUGGUCCUUUUUUGUAUAUUUUAUGUAUAAAACACAAAGUUGAAUCCCAACUAUUUUUAAGACAAAAGUCUGUUAAAACUUUUUUUAUUGUAAAGAAUAUUUAUUAUGUGAAUCUCUAUUAUUUUAUGAUAUUUAUUGCAAAAGACUUCGAAAAUGUACUCAUGUCUGAAUAUAACAAAAUAUCAAUACUUAACGAAAUAAGGAUGACACGAAGAAAGUACAUAUGUUAACUAUAAUGCAGAAAAUAUAUUAAUUAAUGAAAAUGCC